AUGAUGUUGUGCAAGGCACUCUAGGGCAUGUGUUCAAGAGCAACCCAGGCAGGAUCUGCUGAGCAGUUUGAGGAGAUGAAGAAGUUUGUUAUGGACCAUGCAGCUGCAAGGACACUGCAGAAACAUAUUCAUGCAAUUUGGUAUUGUAUCCCCAUGACUGACUACCACAGGACAGUCACUGCAGCUGAACAGAAGUUCUUCAAUGAGUGUGACACAGGACAUGUCCCAGUGGUAGUGCUGCUAGCAAAGGCAGAUGCAUUGAAUUUUGCUGCCAUUGAGGAACUUCUGGAUGAAGGGUUGGAGAUGGAGGAAGCAGAGGAAAGGGCCACAGAAAGGGAAUCCCUGUUAUUAGAAAAGUGGCAGACACACAUCAAACAGAUACUGGACAAGUGCAAAUUCCCACCAAAGAUGUAUCUCCCACUGACAAAGAUGCAUAAUGAGAGUGCAGAUUGCACUACUUUGAUCCAGUGCACAGCAUCUGCAUUGAAUGAGGAAGGCCUACAGAGGUUACUUCUAUCAACCCAGCAGUCAAGCAUUGGAUUAUGUAUUGAAUAUGCUGUAAACUGGGUGGUGAGGGGAAUGAUCAAAAGGGUAAUUGAGGGAGGGGAAAGAUAUGACAUAAAAGUUUUUGAAUCUUUUCUGCUCAUAUGGGAUUUCAUGGCAUGGUUAUCUGCACAUUGUGAACUGACAUGCACAGUGCAUAUCUUGUGA